UUUGUGCGUCUCUUCCAGGGCAUUUCAUGUUGCUCAGGCCUGACAUUAACAUCAAAUUGUAUCAAUUGUAAGUGCCUGACACAGCUCCCCAGCCAAAGAAAGAGGUUGCAUCCGUAACAUUCGGCUGCCCGAUAGACUGCCCUAUUAAUGCAGGGCUGAAAUUGUUACAUUUCACAAGAAUCAUGCUUGCAAGAAGGGUCUUUCUUCCCCUGAAGACAAAACAGGUUUUCAACAAUGGAACCCCAGAGAACAACCGAUUAGUGGUGAGCUCAGCCUUCUUCCUGGCUUCCUGUGGCUUCUGCAUCUCCAUGUUCAGCGUGAAGCAGCUGGUGGAGACAUCCACGGCUGCUGCCUCGCAUCCCUUGCAGCGGUUGUUUGGAUCCUCUAAUCGACCUUCCAUGCCCUGAACCGGACCGGAACACCAGGAAGAGAGGGAAUCCCUCAGUCGGCCCUUUAAUAUGUUCCCGUAGUUGCUUUAGGGUAUUUGCUUCCCCUCUCCUGGGUGUUUGUGGGAGAGUCAUCUGCCAACAUCCUGACACCGUGUGUCGUUGGCAUGGCAUUGUGAUAUCCUGUAGGUUCUUUGAAUUCGUUAUUAUAAGGAAAUAAUUUCCUUGAAACUGAA